AGAAGUAGCAGCAGAAAAGGAAAUAAUCCAAGGAAAACCACCUUCAAAAACAGCAAUGACAGACAAUAUCAAAGUGAAAAUGUCCUCAAACUCAGAACAUCAGAGAAUCUAUGACAAGAAGAACUACUGCCUUUACUGUGAGAAGCCUUAUGCUAAAAUCACAAGACAUCUGAAGCAGAAGCAUUCUGCCAAAAUUGAAGUGGCUAAGGCAAUUUCAAUGAAAAAAGGAACACACAAGCAAAAUCUUGCUUUCAGCCAAAUAAGAAACAUGGGAAACUACCACCAUAACUGUUCUGUCCUGUCCUCUGGGAAAGGACAAAUCAUACCAAAAAGACAAGCAACCUUUCCAUCAACAGCAACAGACUAUCUGCCUUGCAGGUUUUGCUUUGCUAUGUAUGUCAAAACAGACCUCUGGAGGCAUCAAAAGCGUUGCAAACAACAAGUCAACAAGGAUGGACCAGUAAAAAGAAGGGUUCAGGCAAGUUGUUCCUUGAUGCUGCCCACGGACAAUACAUUUUCCAGUGGACUUAAGAAAGUUCUUGAAGACAUGACAUACGACACUGUAGCUCAAGUAGUGAAGUCUGACAUGCUUAUCACUUCACUGGGAGAGAGAAUGUUCCUCAAAAAUGGAGAGGUUGGACGACAUCAGGCAGACAUCAGGAAUAAGAUGAGAGAACUGGCAAGGCUUCUUAUUGUGGCAAGGAAAAUCGACAAAGACAUUGUCUUUUUGAAGGAUUUGAUCAACCCAGGGAAGUUCAACACAGUACUUGAGGCUGUAAAACAGAUGACUGGGUUUGAUCACUCAACAAACCGAUUCUUAGUUCCCUCAACUGCACUCAAAUUGCGCCAUUCCCUUGUGAAGGUGUCAUAUAUUUUGCAAGGAGAAGCUCUACGUCAAGAGGACAUUGUCUUAAAGGGAAGAGCAGAGCAAUUCCUUAAAUUAAUUGAACUGGAAUGGACAACACAUGUGUCAUCCAAUGCACUGAAAACACUGUAUCAAAAAAAAUGGAACAGCCCCCAAAUCCUGCCUCUAUCAGAGGACAUCAAGAAGCUCCAGGAUCAUUUAAAACACCUUGAAAAAGUCAACAAAAAAGCUCUCUUUGACAAACCUGAAAAAAACUCAUGGAGUGAGCUGUCUAAAGUCACACUGACACAGCUGAUUUUAUUCAAUCGUCGCCGUGAAGGAGAAGUUUCUAGAAUGGAAGUCAACACAUAUCUGCAGAGAAACAAACAGAGUAUGCAGGAUGACAUUCUGGAGAGUCUGUCACCUGUUGAAAAAAAGUUAUGUCAGAAACUCACCAGGGUAGAGGUACGGGGCAAAAGGGGCCGUAAAGUACCAGUGCUGUUCCCAACAAAUGUAAAAGAGUCUGUGGAACUCCUGAUUAAAACCAGGGAAGAGGUUGGGAUUCCCCCAAACAAUCCCUACAUUUUUGCCCGUCCGUGUUAUGGAUCACAGGAGAACAUUCGAGGAUGUGACAGUUUAAAGCAUUAUGCAAAAGCCUGUGGAGCCAAAGAACCAGAAAACAUCACAUCCACAAAAUUAAGAAAACAUGUUGCCACAGUUUCACAGCUCCUUAACCUGCAAACGAAUGAACUAGACCAGCUGGCAAGUUUCAUGGGACAUAAUAUCGAGGUCCACAGGGAGUUUUACAGACUCCCUGAAGAAACCCUCCAAAUGGCAAAAGUGAGCAAACUUCUAUUUGCCCUGCAAGAUGGAAUAGGCAAAUUCAAAGGAAAAUCUCUGGAAGAAAUAACACCCAACAUCAACUCUGAGCAGGACCUGAGCGACUCAGAUGCAGAGGAAGUCCAAUCUGAGCAGACUGCAACACCAAGUCAAGAAGGAAACUCAGAGGGUGGACAUUCAGAUCACAGGGCUGCUACCUCAAAGAAGAAAACUGGGGUCAUAAAAAACUCAAGUCAAAAGGAGAAACCAAGAAGGCCCUGGUCACAGUCUGAGAGAAAAAUCGUGGAACACCAUUUCAAGGACUUCCUGAAGGAAAUGAAGCUCCCUGGAAAAGUAGACUGUCAAAGAUGCUUAAAUGAAAAUCAGACUCUAAGGGACAAUGGAAGAGACUGGAAAACCAUAAAAUACUUUGUGCACAACAAAAUAGUAUAUAUCAAAAAGAAUGUGUGACAAGGGCGUUAAGACCAAAAAAACUGUUGGAAAAAAUGUUGUUGUACUGGAUAGUCAGGAUCCUGUAUUGGAGACUGCACUAUUCAGUAGGAAAACACACCUCAACGCAUCACAACGUCGAAGUCAUCCACAAGCGACAGCAGUCGGUGGGAAAGAGGAAGUCGGCAGCUGCCUUCACUCUCCUACCCAUCGGCUCUAUAGCCUAGUUUCUAUUGUAUUAAUAUAGUGUUUUUAAAAA